AAUAUCCUCUCCUUGAACACUAUUUCUAAAACAGCACAUCUCUCUGAGUCUCUCUUCUCUUCUGAAUGAUGUCACUGGUUCCCGCUGUCUAUUCUUCUAACGGGGCGCUGCUCCCAAUACCUCAAAUGACUACAGUCACCAGUGGAGGAUAUAUUGGUGUAGAUGGCCAUGGUCUCCAGUUGAUAGGCCAGCCAUUAGUGACUGCUCCUAGCCAGCAGAUCCAUCUUUUACAGCAGCAGCAGCAUCCUUCUUCCUCCUCCUCUCCCUCUUCUAAUGACAAAAUAAGCAAUCAGCCUCUUUCUGAGAAGUACGAGCUCAAACUAAACAAGUUGACUAGAGAGGCCAUGAGGCAGUAUCUUAAGGACAGAGAAGACUGCACUGUGGUGGUACUACAUGCAAAGGUAGCUCAGAAAUCGUACGGAAAUGAGAAAAGGUUUUUCUGUCCCCCUCCCUCCCUCUAUUUGAUGGGCAAAGGCUGGAAGUCAAGGAAGAAAGAGAAUGAGAAGAAGAAAGCAGAGGGACAGAGGAAUGGCUCCACUUCUUCCACCUCCUCCUCCUCUCAAGCCAAUUCCUCUUCCGUUGGAGUGGAUGCUUUUGAUAAGCCUUGCUGUUUUGUGGGUAUUGGCAAUCAUGACCAGGAAAUGCAACACCUCUCACUUGAAGAAAAGAAUUUCUGCAUUGCCAAGACUCUGUAUAUAUCUGACAGUGACAAGAGAAAACACUUCCAACUUCAGUGCAAAGUCUAUCUUGGUGAUGGAAGAGACUUGGGGACAUUUCUCUCUCAGAGAAUUAAAGUUAUUUCUAAACCGUCAAAAAAGAAGCAGUCACUUAAAAACCCAGAAUUGUGCAUCCCUUCAGGAUCCUCUGUGGCUUUAUUCAACAGGUUAAGGAGUCAGACAGUCAGUACUAGGUACCUUCAUGUUGAGGGGAACAACUUUCAUGCCAGUUCACAGCAGUGGGGCUCCUUCUCAAUCCAUCUCGUUGAUGAAGAUGCAGCUGAGAGUGAGGAGUUCACAGUACAAGAAGGUUACAUCAAAUAUGGCAGUACCGUCAAGCUAGUCUGUUCCACGUCUGGUAUGGCACUGCCAAGACUAGUGAUAAGGAAAGUGGACAAGCAAACGGUUCUCCUUGAUGCUGAUGACCCUGUAUCACAGCUACAUAAAGUUGCAUUUUACAUGAAGGACACUGAGAGGAUGUACUUGUGUCUUUCUCAGGAUCGCAUCAUUCAGUUUCAAGCGACACAGUGUCCUGGUGAGCCUCACAGAGAAAUGAUCAAUGAUGGAGCCUCUUGGACUAUCAUUAGUACUGAUAAAGCUGAGUACACAUUCUCGGAGGGAAUGGGUCCGGUCACAGCCCCUGUCACUCCUAUACCAAUAGCAAAGGAUAUACGCCUGAUUGGUGGGGAUGAUCUCCAAAUGCUGGAGAUACAGGGAGAAGGAUUCACUCCUGAUCUGAGGGUGUGGUUUGCUGAUGUUGAGGCAGAAACAAUGUACAGGUGUGCCGAGUGUUUGAUGGCUGUUGUACCUCCCAUUGAUCAGUUUCAGAAAGACUCAAAAAAGGACGACUCCAUUAAAGUACCUUUACUGAUAGUUCGAAUUGACGGAAUCAUUUAUAAUACCCAUAUGAAGUUUCAAUACAUAUCGUCAGACGUUCCUCUUCCCCCGAUCCUUGAGCCACGUCACAUUCCCGCCCUCCCUCCCCCUCUAAUGGACCACAUGAACAUGAUACCAAACCACACCCCUUACUCUAUCGGAGGCCCCAACUGCACCACGUCCUCUCUCACCCUUCUACAAAGACCACACCUACUCUCCACUGACCCAACCUCCUCUCAUUUAGGCGUUCAACCCGGUUUCAUCCACCACUCUCCUUACAGCAAUGGGGGCGGGGCUGAGAUGCAGCUGCACUCUGUUAAUCAUUAUACUCCUCAUCAUCCUGCCGUCCCUCCCUCCCCCUCUCUCUCUCACCAUCCUCUCCACUCACUAGGCACUUAUAAUGGACCGGGUUUAUUUAACUCUUUACAGGCUAAUAAAAUGACUCCACCCAUUUUAACGCACACACCCAUAUUGACUGCUGAGUAAGCACCUUAUGUAGCAUUUUGUAGUUGAGAAAACAUUAAUCGCAUUAUUGUUGUUGUUGUUAUUACCACUUAUUGCUUAUAUUAACAUUGUGUUGAUUUAUUGAUUUUUUAUGUUUUUGAAUCAUUUAUAUAAGUACAUGAAAUGAAGUUUGUAUGGAAGAA